CUCGGAUUGGGUUCGAGGAGCUGGGCGGGGCUGGAGCGGAUCGCUGCGAGUUCGGUUGUAAAUAGAGCAGAGAAACUUUCAUUAGAGACGGACACCGAGAGCAAACGAGGCAGCUGGAGGACUGCGAGCACGUUUCCUUUCUGUGACAGAACGCGCAGCAGUCGGUCCCGGAGACUUCCUGGAAAUGGAAGGAGCUGACAACGCGGUGCCGAGGAAAACUGCUGAUCUUGAGCACAUGGCCGAGGUUUUAAUCACUGGCGAGCAAUUAAGGCUGCGACUUCACGAGGAGAAGAUUAUCAAGGAUCGGCGAUAUCAUCUUCGAACUUAUCCAAACUGUUUUGUUGCGAAGGAGUUAAUUGAUUGGCUUCUCGAUCACAAAGAUGUGACUGACAGGGAAACUGCAAUUAAGUUGGUACAGAAGCUGCUAGAUCACGGGGUGAUCCAUCAUGUUUGCGAUGAACACAAGGAAUUUAAGGAUGCCAAACUUUUCUACCGCUUCAGAAAAGAUGAUGGCACUUUCCCAUUGGAUAGUGACGUGAAAGUUUUCACCAAGGGCCAAAGGGUAUAUGAAAAGUUGCUGAGUACUGAAAACUCCCUGAUGCAAACGAGGGAGGAGGAAGGGGUGAAGUACCAGCGGGCAUUCAUAGCUCGUGAAUUUAUUGAUUGGCUGGUUCAAGAAGGGGAGGUUACCAUGAGGAGUGAAGGGGAGCAGCUCAGCUGUAGACUGCUCGAGUAUGGCAUCAUUCAACAUGUGGCCAACAAACAUCACUUUGUGGAUGGUAAUCUCUUGUAUCAGUUCCGCAUGAACUUCCGCAGAAGGCGACGGCUGGUGGAGCUGCUGAAUGAAAACCCACCUUUGGUGCCUGACAGCCAUGAGAGUCCUUUUUGCUUACGCAAACAGAAUCCUGACAACAGCAGCUCCAACUUUCUGUCAGUGAGCCCGACAAAGGAAAUCAAGAUUAUCUCAGCCGUCCGCCGAUGUAGUUUGAGCAGCAGCGGGGGCAGCAGUGGUUACUACAGCAGCAGCCCCACGUCCAACAACAGCCCUCCGGUCCUCUCCAAUCCAAAGUCAGUGCUGAAGAGGCCAGUAACUAUAGAAGAACUUCUAGCGCCUGGAGCACCCUAUACAAAGAAGACACUGACAAUCGUGGGAGAUGCAGUUGGCUGGGGAUUUGUUGUACGUGGAAAUAAACCAUGUCAUAUUCAGGCCGUGGAUCCCACUGGCCCUGCUGCUGUAGCUGGAAUGAAGAUUCGGCAAUUCGUUGUUUCUGUGAAUGGACUAAAUGUUCUUCACCUGGACUACAGAACUAUCAGCAACCUCAUCCUCACUGGCCAACGCACCGUCGUAAUGGAGAUCAUGGAGGAAGUGAACUCUGAAUAGGAGAAUUGCCGGUCAUGAAGUGUGAUGGGAAUACUGUGUGAAACUGGAAAAGGGAACGUAUACUGUAGCUCUUUAGGGUUAUAACAUUGCCUUGUUUAAAAAAUUUUUUUUUAGAACUGCCUCAUUUGAAUGUUUAAAGUUUUCUAAACACUGGAACUAGAAUAUGCUUUACAUGAAGUGUGUGGUCGUCGUAAUAUAUUAGACACUUAGAAAGCAUGUUUUGUACAUAACUAUUUUGUCUUUUGUUUACAUUAAGGUGUAGGAUGUAACAAGCUGUUUUAUUUUACAUGCAGAAGAAAUACCUCAACUCUGGAAUAAAUGAUUUGUUUCUGUUUUACCACCAAAAGCAAAGAGCUGUCACUCUGAGCUCACUCCCUCUGGGUUCACUACUACUUUAACAGUAUUUGUGCAGUGAAGUAACUGAGAAUAUCCCAGUCUUCUUAUGGUAUACUGGAUGGGGCUUUAAGAGGUGAUAGCAUCAGCCUCCCUAAAAUUGGAACUCCUGCUGACCUUAAUACCAAAUACUCUCUUCUCUGAAAAAGAAGAAACUUUGGCUUGAGUUGCAAUCUCUUAAACUGAUUUUUGUUUUCUUCCCCUUUUCCAUUCUGUUUGCAUUCAAUGAUGCAUUGCAAUAUUAUCAAAAUUAUCCGCAAAUUAUCACUGUGUUCAGCAAAGCUUAAUUUUAUUUAAAUUUCCAUUUCUACUUGUGAAAAUAUUCUGGGCACAUUUUUUCUAACUUACUUUAUGGAUGAGAUGCACUUACCAGAAAGUUUUAAAGUAUCCUGAACGUAGAAAUGAAACUUCUUUUGGACCAUUUGGAUCGAGGUGCCCAGAAUCACAAUUUAAAAGUAUUAAAAGUGCCGAAGUAUUGAUUGACAAAAUUUGACUGAACACUGGGAAGAUUGUUUAUUUAUCUUCAAUAAAGCGAAGUAAACAAAAAGCAGCUUUGAAAAACAUACCCAUUUUUAUUUGGGAAAAACUGGUAAAUAGAAUUUCAGUUGAAAUAAGCAGCUGGAUUUUUAACAUAUUGGGAGUUAAUUCCAAACGCUGUGGCUGACUGUGUUUGUCCUUUACCCAAUCCACCUGCAAGUCCCUCCCCAGCCCUCCACCCCCCCCCCCCCCCCCCGGCACCAUGGGGAUUAAGCUACAGCUUGCCUGAUCAAAGAUGAAGCAAGCAGUUACCAGCAUUUGAACCCUGAGGGUUUAUUUGACAGCAGGAUCACUUGUUGAUUGUCAUUGAAAUGUUCAAUUCUGUCAGUGUUUCUCCGUUUAGUACUUUUAGUUUUAAAUGUAUUUUGUUUUCUUGAGCUGUGAUUUAAAUUUUCUAGAAACUUAAUUCAUUGAAAAAGAUGGUGCACCAUGUAGCCUGUAUUUACCUCAGUCUUCAUGCAGGCACAUUUUGAGGCUUUGAAUA